GCUCCUCCCGCUGCAGUGCGCAGGAGACAGAGGAGCCCCGACUCGGAACGGUGCACGUAGAGCGGGAGCCUUUCUUCCCACCGGCAUGCCUUGAGCCCCACUCCCCCAGCAUCUGGCUGAGCUGCCUGGGGUUCCUGGCCCCUAGAUGUGCCCCUGUCCAGGGCGGGGCAGAAAGCCGAGCAGCGGUAGCGAAGGCGGUGGGGGGGGAGCGGGGCGUGAUCCCCCCGCGCUCGGCAGGGGGGCAGGGGCAACCGGCUCCGCGGGGAUGCCUGGACGCCGGGCUCCGGGGCUGAGCCCCCGCCGGUAACGGGAGCGGGGGGGGCGCGUCCCCCCCGCUGGCCCGGUCCUGCCGAAGGGGGUGACGGCGCGGAGCUCCAGCCCGAGCGGGAGCCGCAGCCGCAGCCGCAACAGCAGCUGCGCCCGCCGGGGUCAUUCCGGGGGACAUUCCACGCGCUGCCGACGCCUCCUUCCCGCCGCUAUUAAUACCGGGCCGGGGGCGGCGCGGAGCCCAGGCGAGCGGGACCGAACCGCUGGCUGCGGACAGCCCGAGCCCGAGCCCCGGGGCCGCCGGGCGUCAUGGGGCUGCUCGCGGGGAUGCUGCUCUGCGUGGCGCUGGUGUCAUCGGUCUGGGGGGGCUGUGUGGAGGUGGACUCAGAAACAGAGGCUGUCUAUGGAAUGACUUUCAAGAUUUUAUGCAUCUCAUGCAAGCGCCGAAGUGAAACCGUGGCUGAGACCUUCACCGAGUGGACUUUCCGUCAAAAGGGGACUGAAGAAUUUGUCAAGAUCCUCCGCUAUGAAAAUGAGAUGCUGCAGUUGGAGGAAGAUGAGCGUUUUGAGGGUCGUGUGGUGUGGAACGGGAGUCGAGGCAGCAAGGACCUGCAAGACCUGUCCAUUUUCAUCACCAAUGUCACCUACAACCAUUCAGGUGACUACGAGUGCCACGUCUACCGCCUUCUGUUCUUUGAGAACUAUGAGUACAACACCAGCGUCGUCAAGAAGAUCCAUCUUGAGGUGGUAGAAAAAGCCAACAGGGACAUGGCCUCCAUUGUGUCUGAGAUCAUGAUGUACGUGCUCAUUGUCGUGCUGACCAUCUGGCUCGUGGCUGAGAUGGUUUACUGCUACAAGAAGAUCGCUGCUGCUACUGAAGCGGCUGCCCAAGAGAAUGCCUCAGAGUACCUGGCCAUCACUUCAGAGAGCAAAGAAAACUGUACAGGAGUCCAGGUGGCUGAAUAGCCCAGGCCUUCCGGGCUCCCCAGCCCUGCCUGAAGAAAGGGCUGCCCCUGAUUGCUGGGUUGGGAGGGGGGGGUCCCACCCCUCCUGGGGGCUCUCGGCCUCCAUGCCAAAGGAGUAGUAGUAGGGCGAGGCGGGGGCAGGGGCCUGCCUGUUAAUCUGUCUAAUACUGUAACAAAGGGCCAAGGGGCAGUGACCGCCUCCUGGCCCGUGCCUCCCCCCCUUCCCCUCUUCCUCUACCCACCGGAUAUGACAGCGGGGGGUGGGGGGGGGUGGGGGCCCUCCUGACUCACCAAAAUGCAUGAUGAAAAAAGCAAUAUGGCCACCGUCCCCCCUGCUUCUGCUGCCUGAUCUUUGGAGGGGGGAAGGGACAGCACACAUCUCCUUUCCUUUCUCUCCCCACGCUGAUUUGCACAUGUCUGCCGCUUUGGCCGCACCUCACGUCGCCACAUCUGAGGAUGCAGGGGCCCUCCCCCUGACCCCGGCCUCCCGCCCCUGGCCAUUCACCACACACUGACUGACAGGGAAAUAGGGGCCUGGGGGGCCAGGACGCCUGGAUCUAGGAUCCAAGGCCUCAGGACUAACAUCCAUGUUCCUGCUCCCUUCUCAGCGACCCUCGUGACCUAGUGUGUGGCAGGGCUAAGGGGCGCCGGAUUCUCUUCCACACUAGCUGCACCUUCCCCCUAGUUCUGCCCCUGCCUCCUUUCAACCUCGGCUCAUCCUGCCCUCACCCCCUUCUCACCAGCCUCAGAUCUGUGGGCAUUUAGGAUGGGGAGGACUCCACCUUCCUAGUUACUGUACAGUUGUAGUUUUGUUCAUGAAAUAAAACGCGCUCGGACUUGA